AUGGGAAUCUCUGCAUUUCCAAGAAUGACAGAACAAAGGCUAACCACUUUCCUAAAAGAAAUUGAGUGGAUAGAUGCUAAGUGCUCCUUGGCCGUUACACCAAUGCAGGAUUCUACUCCAGCUCACAAGGCUAGGUCAACUCAGCAAUUGCUGCAGAAGAACAUUCCGGAGUUCGUCUGUGCCUCGGGUUUGGCCCUCAGGAAGCCCUGA